CUGAAAGUAAAAACUUUAAGCAGUGUAAGUGAAACUGGAUUUACUCUGAAACUUCUACUGGAAAGAUGUCUAGUAAAAUGGACGCAGGUGACACCCAGAAGCUCUCAAAUCUGAGGAUUGUGUUAAUGGGGAACAGAAGAUCCGGUAAGAGUUCAUCAGGAAACAUCAUCCUGAACAGAGAGGAGUUUGACUUGAAGACAUCUGCUCAGUGUGUGAAGAAACAGAGAGAAGUAGCAGACAGACACAUCACUGUGAUUGAAGCUCCUGGAUGGUGGAUAAAUAAACCUGUAGAUCAGAGCUCUGAGUUACUGAAAGAAGAGAUUUUACUCAGUGUGUCUCUGUGUCCUCCAGGACCUCACAUUGUUCUUCUGGUUAUACGUGUGGACUACAGAUUUAAAGUGAAUGAUAGAAAAGUAUUACAGGGUUAUGUUGAUCUUCUGGGUGAGAGAGUCUGGAGUCACACUAUAGUGCUCUUCACUCAUGGAGACUUUCUAGGAGACACAACUAUAGAGCAACACAUUGAGAGUGAAGGUGAGGAUCUCCAGUGGCUGGUGAAGAAAUGUGGGAACAGAUAUCAUCUUCUCAACAAUAAGAACAGAAGUGAUGAGACUCAGAUCAAAGAUCUGCUGGAGAAGAUAGAGGAGACAGUGACAGAAAACAACGGCUGCUGUUUUGAAAUGGACAGAAAGAUUUUACAGGAGAUAGAAGAGAGAAGGAGAGCAGAGAACAAGAGAGCAGAAAAACGAAUGAAGAGGAUGAAGAAACAGAGAGAGAUGAUCAGAUCACAGAUGAGUGUCACUCAGAAGCUCUCAGAUCUGAGGAUUGUGUUAAUGGGUAAUAAAAGAUCUGGAAAGAGUUCGGUAGGAAACAUCAUCCUGAACAAAGAGGAGUUUGACUUGAAGAGAUCUGCUCAGUGUGUGAAGAGACAGAGAGAAGUAGCAGACAGACACAUCACUGUGAUUGAACCUCCUGGAUGGUGGAUAAAUGUACCUGUAGAUCAGAGCUCUGAGUUACUGAAAGAAGAGAUUUUACUCAGUGUGUCUCUGUGUCCUCCAGGACCUCACAUUGUUCUUCUGCUUAUACGUGUGGACAGAAGAUUUAAAGAUGUUGAGAGAAAAGUAUUUGAGGGUUAUGUUGAUCUUCUGGGUGAGAGAGUCUGGAGUCACACUAUAGUGCUCUUCACUCGUGGAGACUUUCUAGGAGACACAUCUAUAGAGCAACACAUUGAGAGUGAAGGUGAGGAUCUCCAGUGGCUGGUGGAGAAAUGUGGGAACAGAUAUCAUCUUCUCAACAAUAACAACAGAAGUGAUGAGACUCAGAUCAAAGAUCUGCUGAAGAAGAUAGAGGAGACAGUGACAGAAAACAACGGCUGCUGUUUUGAAAUGGACAGAAAGAUUUUACAGGAGAUGACAGAGAGAAAGAGAGCAGAAGAAGAGAGAGCAGAAGAACGAAUGAAGAGGAUGAAGAAACGGACAGAGAUGAUCAGAUCACAGAUGAGUGAAACUCAGCAUCUCUCAGAUCUGAGGAUUGUGUUAAUGGGAUAUAAAUAUGCUGGUAAGAGUUCAUCAGGAAACAUCAUCCUGAACAGAGACGAGUUUGACUUGAAGAGAUCUGCUCAGUGUGUGAAGAGACAGAGAGAAGUAGCAGACAGACACAUCACUGUGAUUGAACCUCCUGGAUGGUGGAUAAAUAUACCUGUAGAGAAGAGCACUGAGUUACUGAAAGAAGAGAUUUUACUCAGUGUGUCUCUGUGUCCUCCAGGACCUCACAUUGUUCUUCUGCUUAUACGUGCUGACACUAGAUUUAAAGAUGUUGAGAGAAAAGUAUUUGAGGGUUAUGUUGAACUUCUGGGUGAGAGAGUCUGGAGUCACACUAUAGUGAUCUUCACAUAUGGAGAUCUUCUAGAAGACACAACUAUAGAGAAACACAUUGAGAGUGAAGGUGAGGAUCUCCAGUGGCUGGUGGAGAAAUGUGGGAACAGAUAUCAUCUUCUCAACAAUAACAACAGAAGUGAUGAGACUCAGAUCAAAGAUCUGCUGGAGAAGAUAGAGGAGACAGUGACAGAAAACAACGGCUGCUGUUUUGAAAUGGACAGAAAGAUUUUACAGGAGAUAAAAGAGAGAAGGAGAGCAGAGGAAGAGAGAGCAGAAGAACGAAUGAAGAGGAUGAAGAAACAGAGAGAGAUGAUCAGAUCACAGAUGAGUGACACUCAGAAGCUCUCAGAUCUGAGGAUUGUGUUAAUGGGAUAUAAAUAUGCUGGUAAGAGUUCAUCAGGAAACAUCAUCCUAAACAGAGAGGAGUUUGACUUGAAGAGAUCUGCUCAGUGUGUGAAGAGACAGAGAGAAGUAGCAGACAGACACAUCACUGUGAUUGAAGUUCCUGGAUGGUGGAUAAAUAAACCUGUAGAGAAGAGCACUGAGUUACUGAAAGAAGAGAUUUUACUCAGUGUGUCUCUGUGUCCUCCAGGACCUCACAUUGUUCUUCUGGUUAUAUGUGUGGACAGAAGAUUUAAAGAUGUUGAGAGAAAAGUAUUACAGGGUUAUGUUGAUCUUCUGGGUGAGAGAGUCUGGAGUCACACUAUAGUGCUCUUCACUCGUGGAGACUUUCUAGGAGACACAUCUAUAGAGCAACACAUUGAGAGUGAAGGUGAGGAUCUCCAGUGGCUGGUGGAGAAAUGUGGGAACAGAUAUCAUCUUCUCAACAAUAAGAACAGAAGUGAUGAGACUCAGAUCAAAGAUCUGCUGGAGAAGAUAGAGGAGACAGUGACAGAAAACAACGGCUGUUGUUUUGAAUUGGACAGAAAGAGAGCAGAAGGAGAGAGAGCAAGAUCACAGAUUAUGGCUGAAGAUGAGAUGUUUGAUACAGUCUCUCUGAUGAGUUCUGCUUACGGUUCUGUCAGAUCGCGAUCAGUGAGAGGAGAUGAGAUGUCUGACACAGUCUCUGUGAUGAGUUCUGGUUUUGGUUCAUUCAGAUCUCGGUCAGUUGGAGACAUCAGUUCAAUUUUUGCAUCAUCACGCUCAAGAGAUCAACCUCUCAACUUUGGAGGUGGAUCAAGUAAUAACACAGUAUUUCACCAGCCAUUUAUGAGAGGAGAUGAGAUGUCUGAUACAGUCUCUCUGGGAAGUUCUGGUUUUGGUUCGUUCAGAUCUCGAUCAAGUGGAGACAGCAGUUCAGUUUUUGCAUCAUCACGCUCUAGAGAUCAACCUCUCCACUUUGCUGAUGGAUCUUCACACUCCACUUCUGAGUCUGAGGAACAUUCAGAAAUCAAAACAACAAAGAACCCAGCCAGGGUCUUAAGUUUUUUAAGAAGAGGCAAACAGAAUAAAUAAGGAGAAAAAAGAAACUGUAAUGCUGUUUUUCACCUAAAAUUAAUAAAAUAAAUUGUCCCUAACUUAACAUAAAUUCUGUAAUAAAGAGCUUUCCAUCCAUCUAAAACCCCAAAAAAAUUCCAUAAAAGUGGCAGACAGGCUUUUGUGUGAACAGAAACACGUCCCGUAAAUGUUCUGGAAUCCACCCGUAAAGAGGACCUUACAUUUUUGGAAAGCAUUCUAUGUAAACAAGACGCAGAAACAAGGCCGCAAGAGGAGUGCUGUGGUGAGGACGCAGGUGUCAUUUCAACCAGAAGUUAUGAUUCAGCACUUUGACAGCGAGUUUAAAAGCAGUUCAACAUUCAC